GGGGUAUGCAAAAGCCGAAUCAAACCUAAUAGUCGAGCAUAACCGACAAAUUUGGUUUGGUUAGGUUUGACAUUAUAAAUUUCUUUUGGCUUUCGGCUUGAUUCGGUUUGAAAAGUAAAAAAGAAAAGAUCAGUUUAUUUUCGGUUCAGACAGAACCAAAAAAUCAACCAAAUUGGCCUAUUUGGUUCGGUUUGAUUUAAAAGUUUCUAAAUUCCUGAAUUCCGCUUGAUUUUGAAAAAAAUUAAAAAUUCAGGUUUGAUUCAGUUGGAAAUUUUCUAAACCCUAGCUGACUGUAACUAACCUUAUAAACAAAACAAAUCCUAAUCUGGCCAGCAAACAGUCAACAAACAAAACGAUAGUUGCCGGAAUAAACUUGUUUAUCAAAUUGGACGGACCAUAUGGACAAACUAGAAGAGCUUCUCUUAGGGACCCACUCGGUUUAAUGAAAACAACAUAACCAUUAAACAAAAAUGACAAAUAAAAUAUUGUUUCAUCUUCUGUAAGAGUCAUUCAUAGCAGAAUGUUCAUUAUACAGAAGAAAAAAAAGAACAUAGGCCUUACUCUCCUAUGAAUCAACUACGAUUGCUCCUACUAAUUCUUUGUUUAUCGUUCUUCCAUGCCGAAGCUCAAAACGCUUUCGAUUCUGAUCAAUCCACUCUGCUCAAGCCGCUCCGGCCGAGCAUUGCAGUAGUCAUUGGCAUCAUAUCAGUUAUGCUGUCUGCAACAUUAAUCAUACUCGCCUAUGCAAAAUUCUGUCGCGGAAACAGAACCAGUGAUCGUUUAUUCACCGAUACCGAUCACCAAAGUUCCAUACUCGGUGGAUCAAGGUCGAGAUUUUCCGGCAUUGAUAGAGAACUCAUUGAUUCACUUCCCUUCUUCAGGUUUUCUUCACUCAAAGGCUCAAAACAAGGAUUAGAAUGUGCAGUUUGCUUAUCGAAAUUCGAAGACAUCGAAAUUCUCCGAUUGUUGCCUAAAUGCAAACAUGCUUUUCACGUUAACUGCAUUGAUCAAUGGCUGGAAAAUCAUUCUAGCUGUCCUCUUUGCAGAUACAAAUUCGAUCCUUCCGAACUCAAGAGCUUCAGUUAUUCCAGCAGCUUGCGAUACUUACAUAACCCGUCAAACCUAACCGAUGAUCCUAACAUUGAGAUUUUUAUCCAGAGAGAGCAAGAUUAUCAUCAGCAAGCGUCACCAUCAAGAUUCAAACUCGGAAAAGGCGAAAAAGAAGAAUUACUUGUUCAACAAAGCAAUAACAAGAAAUUUUGGCACAAGUUCAAGCACAAGAUCAUUGUUUCUGAUGCUAUCAUCAAGAGCAGAUGGAGCGAUGUUAACUCCUCGGAUUUUUUAUCGUUGAGUUCCGAGAUGCUUCAUAUCAUGUCGAGCAACAGAUUCUCGAGUAGUGCAAGAUUUCAGAAUACUUUAUCUAUCAAUGAACAGAUAGAAAAUAUCAAAGAGGAUAUGGAGAGGAAAAGAUCGUACGAAUCCAAGAUUAUCCGAGCUGACAAUUCUGAUUCAGCUUCUACCUCGUAUAAGGACGAAUAUGAAAAUUCGUCGAAAAUGAUUAAUAAUGUUGAGAAAAGAUCAAUGUCAGAAAUUACAGUAUGUUCAAGGUUCAAUGACUUGAGUUUAAAGGAAGACAGAACAAGAAGGCUUUGGUUGCCGAUAGCACGAAGAACAGUUCAAUGGUUUGCAGGUGAACAAGAAUCAAAUGUUUGAUAUUUGACAUUAAUCUUGAUUCGUUGCAACUUUUCUACGAUUAUAGAUUAGAAAUUCAGAUGAUCCUUAGCAAAUUUUGAAUUCAAUGUCCUUGUAUUAUUAAUCUUGUGAAUUCAACAAAAAUUUAAUUGAAUAUUACAAACAUUCAACAAGAAA